UUUAUUUGCUUAUUUAUUUGCUUACUUUACUUUUUUCCCCCUUCUUCUGUUGAAAUCUUUGCAGAUUUGUUGCUGUCUCUGCUGUGUGCCGUGUGCGCGGCCGGACCCGCGGGAGCGCGCAGCGUGCCCGUGCAUUUCUCCGGGGGGGCGUGCCUGGACCUGGGUCGUGCGCUUCUUCGGAAAGUGACAGAUGCGCUCGAGAUCGAUCAACUGUUCAGAGGAUUAAACUGCACGGAGCAAAGCGCUGAGCUGAGAACCAGCACGAGGACGCUGUCCACGUGCACGCCGAUGAACUCCGUAUGUUUGGAAGGCCCUGAGUUCACUUUGGAGCAGGACGAAUGUCUGCAGAGCGUCCUGGAAGAUCUCUGGUUUUACUGGGCAACGUUUAAAUCUUACAGCGAUCCGGAUCGAAUCCUGGAACACUCGGUGCUCAGAAACAUCGAGAACCUCAUGCAGAGCUGCUUUGCUGCCCCAUUGCUGGACAGUGCCCAGGUUCAGAUCUCUGUACACAACAAGAACUCCUUCGAGAGACGCCUGAAGCUCUGCAAAGUCCUGAAAGGCUUCCAGAGCCGCACCAUCACCAUCAACCGAGUGUUCAACCACCUCAUCCACUCCUCACACAUCUGAUCAGGACCAAGCUGUUUUUAUUUUAAAAAGACUUUCCACACCAGCAACCUAAUAAUUUAUUUUUUUAUUUUUUUGCUUACAGACAAAUCCAAAUAUAUGUUUGUGCUAUUACUUAAAAUGUGAAGUUAUUUAAACCUAUUUAUUGCAUCUAUUUAUUCAUGAAUUCAUAUGAUGUUGUGGU